AUUAAUUCAACAGCAUAUCUCCAUAUCACUGGUCUAUAUCCACCAUUGGCAAUAGCUUUAAUGUCACAGUUUUCACCGUCAGCUAACAUAGUCUUCGAGCAUAGUUCAUACACAUGCACAUGCACAUAAAAAAUAUCUGACUACUACUAGUACCUGUUCUUAAAUGAAUACCGCGUAAUACAUCUUGUUACUUUAAUCAUCAACUAGCCUAAUACUUAACAUAUGCACAAUCAACUUGUCGAAUUUUUCGAUAGCUGUAACAUCUCUCAGACAAUGUCGAUUUCUCGCUGGACUGGGUACGACGGUCGUAGAUUAUGCAUGCAUGGUCUAUUCGACUGACGUUCUUCUCACUGAGUCUAAAACCAGUUUAGAUUUGACUUUGUUUCGGACCUAAAUUGAAAAGUUUGUCAAGAUUUCUAGUAGGUUUCUAACCCAAAUAUAUUUGAUUCGUAAUUCGAUGUACUACAUGAAACUGUGCACGGGGGAGCGAGGAAAUUAUCAAUAACUGGCAAAUUCGACCUGCAGCAUUGUCUGGUAGGAAUGUUGCCAAUGUUCAACACGUGACAGAUCAUCAUUUGGAUCAUCAUUGGGUUUAUGGGGUCGGAAUUCCGGCAUCCGAGUAUGCUAGUAUUCGUAUCAACUACAAUUACUACCAUACCCGGAAUUACAACCCCAUGAUGAUGACCCACUGACAUAGAAUUGUCAUUACUCAUUAAUCUGGGAAAUAUAGUCAUACAUUACUAUUAGAGGCAUACAAAUUGUGUUGCAAUCUUUUUAUACUCCGUGCAAUUUCAUUAGGGAUUUUAUGUAAAACGUUAGAUCCAGAGAAGUGAUGUGUUUUGCUUAUGGAACUAAGAAGAAACUAAGAAAUGUAGUGAUCGGAUUGUUUUUCUUGUUCGGUGGCAUCGAAUACGGUGUUAUUAUUCCAACAUUGUGGUUGUUUUUGCAGCAUACGUUUGGUGCAAAUGAAGGAUAUUACUCCAUUGUUCUAUCAGCUUUCAGUUUCUCAAGCUUGAUAGCUAGUCCAUUCUUUGGAGCAUGGAUAGACUUCACCCGUAAGACCAAGAUAACGCUUUUCGUUGGUCUCUUCUUUGAAAUUGGAGGGAAUUUUCUGUAUUUCUCAGCAUCGUCAAAGUAUCUUCUCUUGGCCGCUCGAGUACUUUGUGGGGUAGGGGAUGGCGUUGGCUCUGUUUUAUUCGCACAAGUUGUCAGGACUUCUUCAGUUGAAGAACGUACCUCAGUGCUAUCGAUGGCAAUGGCUGCAAGACAGAUUGGACUUGUCCUUGGUCCUGCAUUAAAUCUUAUCACUAAAAGCAGCGACUUCUAUAUAGGGCCGUUCUUGGUAAACAAUUACAGAUCACCAGGGAUCUUGAUGUGCGUUAUUUGGUCCCUGAUGUUCAUACUUGUAAGCAUAUGCUACUAUGAUUUGCCAACUGAUAACAUUAAAGAAGCUAAACCGAGAGCAAUAAAUGACAGCUACACGGGUAGCGUAGAAAAUGGUGAUUCCGUGUCUCGGAUGAAAACAAUUAACAGACGACCUAGCAUUGUUGAUAAGUUGGUGUUAUGGAAAGAAUUGCUUAAUGAAGAAGUCAUUGUGAUACUAAUGACGCAGUUUAUUGUCUUCUUCGAAUUAUGUUCAUUUGAGGCGUUAUUUGCCCCGCUGAUGGAGCGUUUAUUGGGUUGGCAAGAAACCCGAAUUAGUUACAUCUAUACCGCCAUUGGGAUAGAGUCAAUAAUCGUUUAUGCAAUAGUAGGCAGAGUUAGUAAACGAAUUGCUGAUAGAUGGUUAAUGGUAUUUGGAGUUCUUUUAGAAUCAGCAGUACUCAUUCUAUAUGUCGCUGUUUUAGCUCCGGCUCAGCCAUAUGACCCUACUAUAUUCCCAACUAUAUGUGUUGGCACAUUCGGAAUUGUUCUGGGUCUUCCGUUUCUUGCUGCAGGCGGGGUGUCCCUGUACUCUAAACUAACUCAUGAGCGAACACAAGGUUUCCUCCAGGGUGUUCGUCGUUCUUUCCUCGGAAUAGGCACAAUCUUGGGUGCCCUCUGGGGUGGAUCACUAUUCCGUCAUUUGUACAUACUUCUUGGCGUCUUGGUCGGUUUAUUUAUCAUAGCUGAGAUUAUGAUGGUUCUGUCUUUUCGCCGAUUGCGUGAUCCAGGUAAGACCAAAGAGAAGCAGGAAUCGACGAGCGAGGAGCGGCAACCUUUGUUGACGUGAAGACAUUCAAUGAAUCACCAACUGUAGUCGGUUGAAAAAUAAGAUGUCCAGAUAAGUGACGUUAAAAAGAUUUUACAAUUAAUAGCAAAUUAUUUAAUGAAUCUCUACACGCAUCUCACCUAAUGUAUCUUCCGUAUAUAGCUUAUACGUGGUCGCCGGCCGAUAAUUGAAAAGCACUUAAGGCGCAUAAUUCUCACAAGCGAAACAAGCCCCUUUUACAUAUAUCGGUGCUCAUAAUGUAAUUGUUAAUCUUAAUAAUAAUCUUUAUUUGUGCAUUUUGCAUCUACCUAAUUUUAUAGUAGAAUAGAAUGAAACUAACAAUAAAAAAUUGAUUUACAACAUUCGCCCUAGAAUGUUAAUAGUAUUUAUUGUUUUAGAGUGCGCA